UCCCCCCAAUCCCUGCACCCCGACCAUGGCGCACGAGGCCGGGAGGAGCUCUCGUCCUGGGGGACCCUGCGGGGAGCUGCGGGCUGAGCCCAGAGGUGACACUGGCGACGAGGACCAGCCCCAAGUCUGCGCCAAGUGUUGUGCCCAGUUCACUGAUCCAACGGAGUUCCUCACCCACCAGAACACGUGUUGUACUGACCCCCCAGUGAUGGUCAUCCUCGGGAGCCAGGAGAAUUCUAGGUCAAACUCCUCUUCUUCUGAAGCUCGACCAGAAGGCCAGGACAGCCCCCAGAUUAUGGAUACAGAGCAAAGCAACCCCCCUGAUCCUGGGCCCUCAGUACCCACAGAUACCAGCUGGGGGCCUGAGCGAGGCCGAGAAGAACCUUCAGACCACUUUCUCAUCACUACAGCAGGAGCUACUUCAGCUAGUGGAGGUGGGGGGCUGAUUUUGGCCAGCCCCAAGCUGGGAGCAACCCCUUUAGCUAAGGAGUCUACCCCUGCACCCCCUCCACCACCACCUCCUCCCCCUCCUCCUCCUGCAGCAAGUAGUGGUCACUUGAACAUCCCCUUGAUACUUGAGGAACUCCGGGUCCUGCAGCAGCGACAGAUCCAUCAAAUGCAGAUGACAGAGCAGAUCUGCCGUCAAGUGCUCCUGCUGGGCUCCUUGGGUCAGUCAGUGGGUGCUGCUGCCAGCCCCUCAGAACUACCUGGCACAGGUGCAACCACCUCUUCUAAGACCCUGCUACCCCUCUUCAGUCCCAUCAAGACUGGCCAGGCAAGUAAGACACUUACACCGUCUUCUUCAUCUUCCUCCUCUUCCACCUCUGGGACAGAAGUACCUAAGCCUGCCUUCUUCCACCUCUAUCACCCACUGGGGGCACAGCACCCCUUUUCGAGUGGUGGGGUAGGGCGAAGCCACAAGCCCACCCCUACCCCAACCCCUUCCCCCGCACUGCCAGGCACUGCAGACCAACUGAUCACCUCUCCCCACCUGGCAUUCCCUGGCACCACAGGACUGCUGGCAGCACAGUGUUUGGGGGCAGCCCGUGGCUUGGAAGCAGCCGCUUCCCCAGGUCUCCUGAAACCGAAGAAUGGUAGUGGUGAGCUGGGCUAUGGAGAAGUGAUGGGCCCUUUAGAGAAGCCUGGCGGGCGCCACAAGUGUCGCUUUUGUGCCAAGGUAUUUGGCAGUGACAGUGCCCUGCAGAUCCACCUGCGCUCCCACACGGGUGAGAGACCUUACAAGUGCAAUGUCUGCGGCAACCGCUUCACCACCAGAGGCAACCUAAAGGUACACUUCCACCGCCACCGAGAGAAGUACCCUCAUGUACAGAUGAACCCACACCCAGUACCAGAACACUUGGACUACGUCAUCACAGGCAGCGGUCUGCCCUAUGGCAUGUCUGUACCUCCAGAGAAGGCUGAGGAGGAAGCCACUUCAGGGGGUGCGGAACGUAAGCCACUGGCAGCUUCGGCCACAGCCCUGACUGCCACGGAGAGCCUAACCCUGCUCUCCACCACUGCAGGCACAGCCACAGCUCCAGGGCUCCCAGCCUUCAACAAGUUUGUGCUCAUGAAGGCAGUGGAACCAAAGAACAAAGCGGAUGAAAACACCCCACCUGGAAGUGAGGGCUCAGCUGUGGCCGGAGGAGCAGAGACUGGUACAACUAGGAUGCAACUGAGUAAACUGGUAACAUCUUUGCCCAGCUGGGCACUGCUGACCAACCACUUCAAGACCACUGGUGGCUUCCCAUUCCCAUAUGUGCUAGAGCCCUUGGGGGCUUCCCCUUCAGAGACCUCCAAGUUGCAGCAGUUGGUGGAAAAGAUUGAUGGCCAGGGAGCUGUGGGGGCCGUCUCUACUGCCUCAGGGGCCUCUACCAUCUCUGCCCCUGCAGUAUCCUCUUCAUCCUCUUCAGGCCCCAACCAGUGUGUUAUCUGCCUUCGUGUGCUGAGCUGUCCCCGGGCCCUGCGACUCCAUUAUGGGCAGCAUGGCGGGGAAAGGCCCUUCAAAUGCAAAGUAUGUGGAAGGGCCUUCUCCACUCGGGGCAAUCUUCGGGCCCACUUUGUAGGUCAUAAGGCUAGUCCAGCUGCCCGGGCCCAAAACUCUUGCCCCAUCUGCCAGAAGAAAUUCACCAACGCUGUCACUCUGCAGCAGCACGUCCGUAUGCACCUGGGUGGGCAGAUCCCCAAUGGGGGCACCAUGCUGCCUGAAGGUGGGGUAGCUACAAAGGAAAGUGGAGCUGAGCAGUCCGUACCACAAGCAGCAGGGGUCUUCCCCCAGCAGCAGCAGCAGCAGCAGCCUCAGCAGCAGGUAUCCCCAGAGGAGGAACUAUCUGAGGAAGAAGAUGACGAGGAGGAGGAAGAAGAGGAAGAUAUAACAGAUGAGGAUUCCCUGGCAGGGAGGGGCUCAGAGAGUGGUGGUGAGAAGGCUGUUUCCAUGAGGGGAGAUUCAGAAGAGGCAUCUGGUCCAGAGGAUGAGGCAGCAGCCACCGUGGCAGCUUCUGGAAAGGAGAUGGAGAGUGGUGAGAAAUCAGGUCAGCCACCCUCCCUGCCGCUCACUAGCAACCUGGAGGAACCCCAGCCCAUGGAUCAUGGAAGCAAUGAGCCUUCGGGAGACAUUGAGGGGGAUGGACCACCCGAAGAGAAUAGCAGCCCAACUUCAGUGCUCUCUCCAGAAGGGGAAGUGGCCAAUGCGGUCAUAACAGAGGGGCCAGGCAUACAGGAAGCCAGAAGGAAGGAGCACGGGGAGAGCAUGAGCAGCAGCAGUGGCCGCAGCAGUAAGCGGUCCUGUGGGGUGUGUGGCCAGUCCUGUCCCAGCCAGGCAGCCCUGGAGGAGCACCACAAGGCCCACAGCAAGGAGGGGUCACUCUUCACCUGCAGCAUCUGCAAGCAGGGCUUCCCUGAGCGGGCCACCCUCAAGAAGCACGUGCUGCUGGCGCAUCAUCAGGUGCACCUGAGCACCCACGUUUGGAAUUGCAGCCCAGCCCGAAGGGGCCGGCGUCUGUCCCUGGAGGGCCCCGUGCCCCUCCUCUCUGGUGGCCAGGUCAAGCUACAGGACUUCCUGUCCCGGGACGUCCCUGCCCAAUUGGUGGGGGUGGGCCCUCUCUCUUUCUGGAACCAGUAUACGGCUUUCCUGUCAAGUGGCCUGGCCUCUAAGCCCCCGGGUUCCAGCUCCACCUCUGCCACCACUGCUGCCCUGGCAACACCUGCCCUGUUUGGUCCAGGAACUAUGGCUGGAAAGUCAUCUCCAGCAGUAGGAUCCAGUGAGGCCAAGGAGAAGACCGCCCCCCUCAUAUUCCAGCCUCCUGCAUCCAAGACUGUACCUGAGAACCCAGGCAGAGAAGAGAAGUAGCAAACUGCACUGCCCCUCGCCCUAUUCCAGAAGGUGCCAACAACUGGGAUUUUGCAGUGGUUCAUGGCUUAGCCCUGUGGGAUGAGAAGAAAUGAAGGGCAUGCCAACCCACAGGCCCUGAGAGUCACAUUUAGGCAAAGGAGACUGGUUGGUGGGUAUGGCAGAAUAUGUCAGCCUUCUCCUAACCCUCACAGAGGCAUUGGAGAAUGACCGCUUUCUCGUUUUGAAGCUUUCCCAAUGUAGGGUUUGGGGAGUGCAAGUUUGGCUCAUUUCUGGAAGGAACAGUAUAGUUGGGGUUGAGGGGGAUUCAUGGAGUGGAGAUGGGGGCAUCAGGAGGGUAAGCCUGGUACAAACUCUUGUCAUUCUGGGUCCAAGACAUAAGUCUGAAGAGGGGGGGUCCCAAUUCAGAUAGAAUGGCUCUAGUGAAUGUUUGGUUAUAGUAAUGACACAAAGUGCAACAAUGCACAAAGAGGGUGAUGUAACAAGUCCUCCCAAACUGGGGUGUUUCCAGUUUAUUAGAUAUCCCCCCUUUUCCCUGGAUCCUGCUUUUCCCCUAAUGCCCUUCUUCUGUCUAAGCUCUUCCUCCUCCCCACUCUCCCUGCCCAUGGACCAGGGCUUAUGUCUUCACUACUAUCUGACUCUUAGAGAGACCCAGACUUUGGGAGACCAGCUCCUGGAGGUAUAUGCCCUUCUUCUUCCUCCUGUAACAGACAAGAUGUAGUAUUUACUCUUAACAUAGGAUCAUGCGGAACCAGGAGCUCCAGAGGAGGAGUAGCGUUCGGGAGCCCUGCCGUCGAGGGACAUGAAAGGCAGCUUCUCCUAUAAAACUGUAGGCCCCAGAGAUUCCUAACAUAGUGAAAUGUGCAGGGCAGAGAGGGGAGAUGCUAGUGUCUUUCUCUCCAUCAUUAAAGGUGUUUUGACCAAG